UGUGCUCAAGUCAGUGCGGUUGUUUUUCAAAUUCAUAAACUAAAAUAGCAAAGUAGGCUUUGCCUAAAAUGUUCAAUGUGAAUAUAAUCUCUGGAAGCGAAGGACCUACAUCUAGCUCAAACUCAAACGUAGACAAUAAUUUGGGAGAACAAUACAGCCAGUUUCACGAGCAGAAAUUGGUUGAAAAGUUUUGUCGCGAAUCACAGCUGCUGAAAAUCAUUGAAGGUAAUAUUAAUGAAUUUCUGGGCGUAUAUAAGCGUUCACAGAAGCGGGAGCUGGCGCUGGCGCCUCUUAUAAUACGCCUGGAUUUUCAUUUCGCUCAGCUGCGAGCACUUGCACCGCAACUACUACGCCUGGCCAUCGAUGAGCCGCUGCAGUUCGCCGAUGCCAUCAAGUAUAGCAUCUACAGUCUGGUGCGCGCUCAACUAAAGUCUGCCGCUAACGAUAGCGGCCUCAAAGUCAUUGACAUAACCCAAGUGCACACACUGUGGCGUUUCUUGGAUUUGCCGCUGCAUCGCCAAGUGCUUUUCGAUCCCAAUCAGCAUCUCUAUCCGUUUGGUCUUAGCCUGGUACACGGCAUACUGUCCGCUUUCACGACCCCCGAGACAAAUAUUCUACAGUCCGUUUGGUACUGCGGCAGCGGUUGCAUCCGUAAUGCAAUACAAAACAUCUCCACAAAUGCUCCGCCGUGCUCCAACUGCUCGCGCCCCAUGAGCGAAUACGCAAAACUGCGCAUCACCGAACCCUAUAGACUGAUAGCUGUAUUGCCAGGCGCCUGCAUCCAGACGCCGCGCACCAUAGAUCGCAUUUUUCGACCCAUAAUAGUACGAAUCCGUGCUCACACAUACGACUGCAAGCUGAAGCUGGGCGCUCUUUAUUUGGCCACUGGUUACUAUUGCACAACAGCGACCACAUAUAUCUUUGAAGCAUGCCAUCUAAAAGAGGCGCAAAGACUGGACGCCAGCGCGCUAAUCCCGUUCAGUUAAUUCAUUUCUUGCGUGACGACGAUGAUGUAACUCCACCAGCCCAAGAUAUACAACAGCUUCUUAAAAGACAACAACAAAAUUCCUCAACUCAUUCGCACUGCAGCAACAACUCCCAUAUCACAAACGUCUCACCAAUCAUAAGUGGCAGUAGCUGCCCUAAAAACCCCUGGACUGCCAACAGCAAUAGUGAUCGCCAAUUUAAUUACACUGGGCCCAAUGAAGAAGAGUUUCCCGCUGUUGGCGCCGUGCGCAACCGAAAGACAAAGCUCUCAAAAACGCCAGAGCCACCUUUAACACCCACUGAAAGCAAUAUGCCUCUACAAGAAAAGACUGCAAGUACAAAUGUCCAAAAGCAGAGCCAGGCGCUGCAGCAGCAGCGUGCUGGAUGCCUCAAAAAACAGCAGGUGGUGAACAAAUGGUUGAAGUCCGUGCAGCAACCAGUGGUGACUGCGCAAUCGCAGCUGCUGCCAAUGCUAAAGACAACGAGUCCAGCUCAGUCAAAUGUCAUUUACGCCAGUGCGCCCCCUCCUAGAUUUUCAACACAUUUCAAGCGUAGUGCGAAUAAUAUUCCAAUGGUGGAGACCACCAAUACAGAGUUGAUCUUUUCAUCGCGAUGGGGCGAUAGUGACAGCGAUGAAGCCGCAGAGCCAGCACAAGCUAC